UCUGCCCGGCGGCCGGAGUCGCGGCGCGGAGCCACAUGCGAGCGGGACGCCCGGGAGGCGGCGAGGACUGCGGCGACCGGGCAGGACGCUGAUCCCCACGCGGACGCCGACGCGCCAGCAGCAGCGGCGGCGGCAGCAGCCACCGCGGCCAGAGCGGCGGCGGCGGGAGCCGCUCGGCGGGCGCGCCCUCCGGAAGGCAGCCGCCCGCCGCCCCGUCCCCUCCCUCCUCCGGCCGGUUCAUGCCCCCGGGGCUCCAGGGAGCGCUAUGGCCCGCGCACGCCAGGAGGGCAGCUCUCCGGAGCCCGUAGAGGGCCUGGCCCGCGACAGCCCGCGCCCCUUCCCGCUCGGCCGCCUGGUGCCCUCCGCCGUGUCCUGCGGCCUCUGCGAGCCCGGCCUGCCCGCCGCCCCCGCCCUGCUGCCGGCCGCCUACCUCUGCGCCCCCGCCGCCCCGCCCGCCGUCACCGCCGCCCUGGGGGUCCCCCGCUGGCCUGGGGGUCACCGCAGCCGGCCCCGCGCCCCGCGCCCGGACGGUCCUCAGCCCUCGCUGUCCCCGGCGCAGCAGCACCUCGAGUCGCCCGUGCCCAGCGCCCCGGAGGCCCUGGCGGGAGGCCCCACCCAGGCCGCCCCGGGAGUGCGCGGGGAGGAGGAGGAGUGGGCCCGCGAGAUCGGGGCCCAGCUGCGGCGGAUGGCGGACGACCUCAACGAGCAGUACGAGCGGCGG